AUGGAAGAAAAAAUCUAUACAAACGUUGAUACCAUUUCUAUUCCAGUCAAGCUGUUUCAAAGUCUUCGAAAGAAGGGAAAAUUUUUAGACGGUGUAAUUAUUACAAAAGACAAACGAGAAAUACCAGUGCAUAGAAUCGUUCUUUGUACCCAAUUUCCAAGUAUCGAAGACAAAUUUACGGAAGAUUCCAACAACCGAAUAGAAUGGAUUAGGUUUACAUUUGAUAUUGUUAAGGCGGUGGUGGAUUACGCGUAUACAGGGAGUGUGAACUUAACCUUGGAAAACGCGACCAAUCUUUACCUGCUCUCCCUUACAAUCGGUUGCCGCAAGCUGAUCCAAUGGUGUAAUGACUUUAUCAAAUCAAGCAUAUCAUAUCAAAAUCUAGAGCAGAUAUGGACAAUCGCAAAUGCAACUUCGAAUAAGGGACUCGCAACUGCAUGCAUACCUCUCAUGGCUAAUACAUUCGAGAGUCUAAAUAUCAACCAAAGACUUCUCAUUUUUACUGAAGUGGAAAAUAUGCUAGAACUGCUAAAGGAGGUUCAACAUAGUGAGAUAACGGAAGAGGAAAAGCUGAGAACUAUUGUCUCGUGGAUAAAUGCACCGAAUAAAAAAGUGGAGAGAGAUGAAAGAGCAGCGUAUUUUGAGGAACUAUUCAGCGCUAUUGACCUCGAUAACCUAUCUGGUCAUUUUAUUGUUGAACUUGCAACUGAGGAGCUCAAUAUUGGCCUAUCGGACAAAUUGAAGCGGUCCAUUAUAGAUGGAUGGAAAACUUCGAGAAAAAACUCUGACAGUGGAAUAAGCAAUGUCUCGGAUGCAUCUGUAGAACGAAUAACUUCCAGUAUCUCCGAAAAAUUGCUUGUUCAUGCUCUUGAUGAAGAUUCGGAGUAUGGAAUCCUUGCAGCUGUUCCCCACAUUCAAACAACGGCCAAUAGCCGUUAUUGUGUUCCUUAUAGGACCAAUAGUUGUGUAGUUGCACUGAAAGGUGACGUAUACCUAAUUGGUGGAAGGGACUCCGAGAAGAAUUCUGUCAAUCAGGUGCAAAGGGUUAAUUCCUACAACGGACGAGUUUUCAACGUGGCGCCAAUGAAGAAAGCUCGUAGUGGUGCCUCAGCCGUUGUCAGUAACAACUGCAUAUUCAUCUUUGGUGGUUAUGAUGGAUCGAGGAAAAUGAUAUUAGGAUCCUGCGAAAAAUAUGAUCCUACAACCGACAGAUGGUCGUCAUUACCACCAAUGCCAACAGCUCGCUAUGGCACUGGAGCGGUUCAUAUUCCAGACUUUGGAGAAUUAGUCCUUGGUGGAUGUGAGAAACGCGGAAAACUGGCCCCGAAUCUCACAACAGUGGAAUUACUCUUAAACGAUGCUUCUGAGAAUGAGGAGUACAAUGGAACAUGGCAUACCAUUGCACCGAUGUUAAAACCUCGAAUCUGGCCUGCUGCCGUCUACUUCAAGGGGGAUGUCUAUGUGGCAAGAGACGGAGAUGAUACAGUGGAAAAGCUAACAAUGUCAACGGGACAGUGGACACUAAUUUCCGAAGACCCUGAAAUCGAUUCUUUCCCCUAUUCAAUGGCAGUUUUCGAUAGGAGACUUCUGCUUUCAACUGAUUGUGGAAAAAUUUAUGAACUAAAGAGGCCGGAUGAGGAUGAAGAAGAAGAUUCCACUGAACUCGUCUGGGAUCAGAUUUGUGAAAUAGAAAAUGUCCAACGAGCUAAACUUUUGGUGAUAAAAUGA